AUGCAAGGAUAUCACCAACAACAACUAAUCGUUUUUACUUUAUUUCUUACAAUUACAUAUGCAAAACCAACAAUCAAUUCUUUCGAUGCUGUGGCUCCUAUUGAAAUAGGUCCUACUCACUCUACAAUCUAUGAUACGCAUGUCGAAUUGUGGGCAAAUAUAACAGAUUGUCCAAAACCAAGCUGUUCAUGCAAUGCACACAUUGAUAAUUUAGGAGAUGAUUCACAACCAUUAACUUUUCCGUCAUCAAAUCCAAAUUUAGGCUUUGUGGAAAUUUCAAAUCUUGAACCGUCUACACAGUAUACGUCUAAUUUAAAUUGUAAAGUAGACAAUGACACUGACACGAAAACGUUCAAUUUUACAACUGAUUAUGGUCGUCCAUCAGCACCACAACAUGUCACACCAUCAUUAGUUUCCUACCCUGUUAAAAUUACUUGGUCACCUCCUGCAAUACAUGAGGCUUCAUUUACUAAUUAUAGAAUAUUUAUUGAUAAUGAGCCUACUCCAAUAUUUAUAAACAAAGCUAUAAAUUCAUAUGAAAUGGGCAAAGACUAUGAAAAUGGUACCACACAUAUAAUUAGCAUCCAAGCUUGUUAUUCUAAUAACCAAGAUCGCUUAAUUUGUUCCAAACCAGAAAAAAUUACAGUAAAUUUUUUCACAUCAACAUCAACAACGUCGACGACAACAACAACAACAACAACAACAGUAACAACAACAGCAACAACAACACCAGCAACAACACCAAAAUCGACAGGCGUUCAUUCUUAUUCUAUAUCUGUUUUAAUGAUCAUUUUUUCUCUUUUUCUUUCCAGUAAAAUGAAAUGUUAA